AUUUACGUUUUCGGACUUACUAGGGUGACUUGAUGAUCGAAUUUGAUGUGCUCCUUUCUCUUUGUAUCAUCGGCUCCCAGAUUCGUGUGGAGGUGGGGUCUUGCCAACUCACCGCGUGGCGGUUUUUGUUAGCGAGAGAUUACGAAAAGCAAUGCUAUGAUGUGGAGGUUUAGCAAGUUUACAUGUGUUAUCAGGCAAAGUCUGCAAUACACCUCCACACGAAUCUGGGAGCCGAUCAUAUACCUCGUGUAGUGAGUAGGACUUGUUAUGCUUGGGGCUGAGGGGCAAAGACAGAAAUUCGUGCAUUGUUGUAAUGUGUUUUGUCUUCCUCGUCCUUCCCUACAAACGGCGUAAUGUUAUAGAAAGCUCGAUAUGUUGCGAUUUGCUUCCAGGGUACAAUGUCGCACCGAAAAUUCUCGGCGCCAAGGCACGGAUCCAUGGGAUUUGCGCCCAAGAAGCGCUCUAGGACAUAUCGAGGAAGAAUAAAGGCCUUCCCAAAAGAUGACCCGUCAAAGCCGAUUCAUCUCACAGCGUUCCUCGGUUAUAAAGCUGGAAUGACUCACAUCGUCCGUGAGGUCGAUAAACCAGGAUCAAAGGUAAACAAGAAGGAGGUCGUAGAGGCUGUGACCAUCAUCGAGACUCCCCCGAUGGUGAUCGUCGGAAUCGUCGGCUACAUCGACACUCCACGAGGUCCACGUCCGUUCAAGUCUGUUUUCGCCGAGCACCUUAGCGAGGAUUGCCGUCGUCGCUUCUACAAGAACUGGUGCAAGUCGAAAAAGAAGGCGUUCACGAAGUACGCCAAGAAAUGGCAAGAUGAAGACGGCAAGAAGGUCAUUGAAUCCGAUCUCAACAAGAUGAAGAAGUACUGCUCUGCCAUUCGAGUUGUUGCCCACACUCAGAUGAAAAUCCUGAACCGCAAGCAGAAGAAGGCUCACCUCGUUGAAAUCCAAAUUAACGGAGGAACAAUUGAGGAGAAAGUGAACUGGGCUAGAGAACACCUUGAGAAGCAAGUUCCUGUCGACACCGUUUUCUCGCAAGAUGAGAUGAUUGAUACUAUUGGUGUAACGAAAGGACACGGAUUCAAAGGUGUCACGAGCAGAUGGGGUACUAAGAAGCUCCCACGAAAGACCCACAAAGGUCUCCGUAAGGUUGCUUGUAUUGGUGCAUGGCAUCCUUCUCGUGUUGCCUUUACUGUGGCUCGCGCUGGUCAGAAGGGUUACCAUCAUCGCACACACAAGAACAAUAAGGUGUACAGAAUUGGACGUUCAUGUCUUACACCAGAGGGCAAGAACAAUGGAGCUACUGAGUUCGAUCUUACCGAGAAGAGUAUCAACCCCAUGGGUGGCUUCCCCCGCUACGGUGUGGUCAAUCAAGAUUACGUUAUGCUGCGUGGAGCUGUUAUGGGACCAAAGAAACGUUUGAUCACCUUGAGGAAAUCGCUUGUUACACAAACUAAGAGAUUCGCUCAUGAGAAGAUCAACUUGAAAUGGAUCGACACGAGUUCGAAGACAGGACAUGGUCGAUUCCAAACUACCGCUGAAAAGAAGGCUUUCAUGGGCAAGCUCAAAAAGGACUUCCUCGCAGAAAGCAAAGCCUAA